AUGCUGACUUCAGGGGUAGGGGCAGCCCAGGAGAGGGCCCGCCUGGAGGGUGUUGAGCCUGGAGAGAAGCUGCCGGUGUCUGGGGAAUUGAAGCUGCUGCUUCUGCCAGCUAGAACUUCAGGUGAGCACUGCAGGUUUCCAGCCUUGACUCGGAACCUGGUGCGGCCUGCUAGACAUAGGCAACCAGUCAGCUACUCACCGUCUGAGGACUCGGAGAGCAAUGAUGAUUUUGUUUCUGCAACUAUACCUUUAAGCAGGAAAUCCAGAAGAACAUCAAAGGAGUCAAAAGAAGAUAAACCAAAACCUAACUUGCAGAAUCCCCAGAAAGAAGACAUUCAACUACAAGAGAAGACCUCUACAAAAAGGAUGGCCUUAGAUGAUAAGCUCUUCCAAAGAGGCUUAGCAGUGGCUCUAGCUUUGUCAGUGAAGGAACGUCCAACAGUCACCAAUGAUGUGCAGCAGUCUCAAGAUAAAAGCAUUGAAAAACAUGGCAACAGUAAAACAGAAAUAACGAAUAAGUCUCGUCUCUCUAAUUGCAGUGUAGCCAGGGAUUAUUUAGAUUUGGAUAAGAUCACAGAGGAAGAUGAUGCUCAUGAUGUUCAAGGGAAAAGAAAAGAAGCAUCUAAAGCUGUGGCCCAGCAGAGGAAGGCUUUGGAAGACAGUGAUGGUGAUAAUGCUGAGGACACUGAACCGGAUAUUGUGACUGGUGAUUCUGAGGAGGAUUCUGAUUUUGAUGAGAGUGAAGAUAAUGAUGAAAACAUUACUAUGAGAAAAAGUAAAAUUAAAGAAAUUAAAAAGAAAGAAAUAAAGGUAAAAUCCCCAGUAGAAAAGAAAGAGAAGAACUCUAAAUCCAAAUGUACUACUUUGGUGACUUCAGUCGACUCUGCUGCAGCUGCCAUUAAAUCAGAAUCUCAGACUUCAGCCAAGAAGGCUUAUCUUUAUUCAGAAGUCACUAGGAUACACAGUCCUUCAGCUGAAGGCAAGAGACCAAAGGGGGUCCCACCAGCAGCAUCCGGAAGUAGCAGCGACAGCAGCAGCCCCCUGGCGGGAGUGUCUGUUAGGUCCCCAAAUCAGAAUCUCCGCCUUGGCUUAUCCAGAUUAGCACGAGUUAAGCCAAAUGCCACUCAUAGUCAAGUGUGGUAG